UGGUAUUAAAAGAAAUCGAAUGCAAGAAAGGUAACCGAUCAUUGCUUGAUGAAUGAGCAAGUUCGACAACUCUUGUCCACCACCUACAAUCUACGCAUGUGUGUCACCUGAACUAUUUCUGCUUGCCGGUUUGUUUGAAGUUUCAGAGGAAUAACGACUAGAAUGGAGUUAUCUGGAAAGAUAUGUAUAGUAAUAUGUGCUUUGAUGAGUGUGUCAAAUGGCAAUGAUAUGUUAACUCUAGAUAAAGAAAAGGAAUUCGUUUUCGUUGGUGCUUCACCUCAGUAUAAAUGUACUGUGAACAAGAAUGCUAACUUUCUGAUAGGAAAUCCAUUGAAAUGGGAGAAAAGAGGACGAGAUGGUUCUAAAGUUGUUAUAUCAGUACUAGCCAAUGUAGAGGCAGGACUUGCAGAUGAAUAUAAUGUACAGCUAGAUACUACAGAUAAUGCCAUGUCUUUUACUUUAAGCUUUAAGCAAGGAAUAAAAGAAGAUCAUGAUGGGCACUUUGCAUGUGUUCUGUAUAACAAGAGUAACACAGUCUUAGCAGAGAAGAUGGUAGAUGUUCAUGUCAUACAAACAAUAAAAAAAACAGAAUUUGAAAUAGAAGGCCUAGAAGGCCAAAAACAGACUGUAUCAGGCGAACCAGCCUUAUCAAUCAGAAUAGAGGAAGGAACUUAUAAACCUAUCUGUAGAACAGAAGGUUCCAACCCAGCAGCCGUUAUAAAGAUUUACCUUGGUAAUACAGAGGAGAUGGGUGAUCCUCAGGUUGAGGUACCAGAUACCAGUAGGACCAAUCCACCACCAGUGUAUAAUGUAGAGAAAUCAGUUACCAUCAGUCUCAAACCAGACGAUAACAAUAAAAUACUUAAAUGUGUUGCCAUGGUUCGCGAUGAUGAUUCAUUGAAAACAGAAAUCUCCUAUAAGCUUGAAGUUUUCAGUAUUCCACCUGAAAUAUCAUGUAACAACAUCACUGCUAUGAAAGGAAACAAAUAUGUGGAUCUGACUUGUACGAUCAAAGUACCAGGUAUAACUUGUACAAGUGGUAACCUCUUCUGGGAGAAUGGUGAAAAUGGAGACCGGUAUAAUGUGGAUUAUAAGCAGAAUGGCCUCAUGGUAUUUUGUACGAAGCAAGUCAAGGGUAAAGUUACCACCACUUUAAGGAUUGAUGCAGUUACAGAUGCUAACUUUAAAACUGAUUAUUUUGUGGUCUAUGUAAACAAACACUCGACUACAACACGCAAACAAGCAAUAUUAAAUCAAGAUUACAGUGGAGCAGCUAGUCUACAGAAUGUCUUCUUCUUGAUGUGUUCAUCUCUCCUGGCAGCCAUAUUGUUGUAGGACAUAUAUCUAUUAGGAAAUGUUUACUUGUUUAUGAGCGACCUGUAAAAAACAUAUAAAUCAGAGAUUAGGGUGAAUAAAAGUUGACAUUUUAAAUCUUCACAGUAAAGGGCAAUUAUUAAGGAACUGAGAGCUAACAUUGGAAUUGUAUUUUGUUUUUACUAUUGCUUAACUAUAUAGUCUGUGAAGUUACACAGCAAAUCUAAAAUAAAUGUUCAUAAACAAGUAAACCUAUAAUAAAUUGAAGAAGAAAGAGAUCU